CCAUCAACCACAAACACCCCCAACACAACCAGCCACCAUGGGCGCAGUCGUCGCAGCCGUAUCAACGCCCCUCGCUGCCGUAGCUCUCAUCGCAACUCCCAUUGUCCUCAUCUUCGUCGCCCCCAGACUCGGCUCCAUCGACUCCAUCGACGGACCCCACAACCAGAACAUCGUGCAACGCGAUUUCAUCGCCGUCCUCGCGCCCCAAAAUACGGCUUACAAUCCAAACUUCGCAGUUGCUGGUGUGUCACCUUACUUGCCAAUGUCAAAGACUGUGACGAUGAGGUUGCGGGCGACGGCUGUGGAGGAUUUGCCGAGUGAGGAGGAUGUUAGGGCGUUUAUGGCUGUGGGUAUGGGGAAGGGUGUGCCUAGUGAGGAGGAGAUGAAGAGGUUUUUGGGUGAUGGUGCUGCUACGAUUUUGAUUGGAGGAAUUGGGGAGUUUAGGACUGCUGAGCCUUCUUCUAUGGUUACUGUUACUUCGAGUGCUGCGGUGGUGGAAUGUACUGGAUUGUAGUCGAGAGACGUCGGAUAAAGAUACUGGUGUUUUGAAAAGCAUGUUCAUUGACACACUCCAGUAUGGUAACAGUACCGGCGUUGCUUUCUUGACGAAUGCCAGUAAUCUUGUCUCGG